ACUUGUAUUUCUGUUGUCUUUCCGCACAGCCAUAAAUCUUCAUAGUCACCUGUGAGAAGUAUAGCACCAGACUAACUUUCUGAGUUCAGUCCUGCCUACUUUACUGUCGUUCUUGUGAGAUUAUGUAUCCAGAUAAAUCCUACGCCUUCUACAUACGGAAUCAGUUCCCAGAGACUGUGUUUGGUCGAGGUGUGGGGAUCUCAGGCUGUAUUAUUAGGGCGAGAGUAUCAUUCGGGUGUAGUACAUAUAUAUUUUUGAUAAGAUGUUCAAAAUGAUGUGUAAUUGAGAAGAAAGAUUGUCAAUAACGCGAAGAACACGGUUAGCCUUUGGAUUAGCGGGUCCUUAUCAUUCACCGUGUUCUUCCGACGCAUAGAUAGCAACGAGUCACCAUUUUUUUGGACAACGGGUGUAUGACACAGAAUCUUGUUCGGGCAGAUACAUAAAUAGACAUUCAUCUACAAAAUGACGGACCAGCAGAUGGAUUGUGCUUUGGAUCUCAUGCGGCGUUUGCCACCCCAGCAGAUAGAGAAAAAUCUAAGUGACCUAAUAGAUUUGGUACCAAGUCUAUGUGAAGAUUUACUAUCAUCAGUAGAUCAACCCCUGAAAAUAGCAAGAGACAAGGAAAUGGGGAAAGAUUAUCUUCUUUGUGACUACAAUAGAGAUGGUGAUUCAUACAGAUCUCCUUGGAGUAACACCUAUGACCCACCUUUAGAAGAUGGAUCAAUGCCAUCAGAAAGACUCAGGAAACUUGAAAUAGAUGCAAAUCAUGCAUUUGACCAGUAUAGAGAGAUGUAUUUUGAAGGUGGUGUAUCUUCUGUUUAUUUAUGGGACCUGGAGCAUGGAUUUGCAGGUGUUAUUCUUAUUAAAAAGGCUGGUGAUGGAUCCAAGAAAAUAAAGGGCUGUUGGGAUUCAAUUCAUGUGGUUGAAGUUCAAGAGAAGACAAGAAAUGCACAUUACAAACUUACAUCCACUGCAAUGCUGUGGCUCCAGACAAAUAAGACUGGUUCAGGAACCAUGAACUUAGGAGGAAGUCUCACAAGACAGGUGGAACAAGAUGCAAAUGUUAGUGAAGCUUCUCCCCACAUCGCCAAUAUUGGUCGAAUGGUGGAGGACAUGGAGAAUAAAAUACGUAAUACUUUAAAUGAAAUAUACUUCAGUAAGACAAAGGACAUUGUUAAUGGUUUACGUAGUAUGCAACCACUGGCAGAACAGAGACAGCAAGCCAUGCUGAAGCAAGAUCUGGCAGCUGCCAUCCAGAGGAGACACGCAAAAACAGAAACAAACUGAGACAUCAAGUGACUGUUGUGCAAACUGCUAUGUGUUGACAGCAUCCGUCACACUGAUGGACAUACAAGUGUUUCUACAAAUAGCUUCUCCAUGUCCAAAACUGACAUUAUUGAGCUGAGAAUGUCAGAAGGCAACGGGGUGUAAAUCUGAAGCCUGAGUGUGUCUUCCGCUGUCAUAAUCAUUGCAGGCAGUUGACUGUGUAAUGAGUUUCACAGUUGUUCAUGUUAAUUGUUUUAGAAAUAAUGUUGUUGAAUUAAUUAUUUUAAUCUUUAAAGUUGCUGGAGAGGUUUGAUAGCUGCAGAAAGUGGAACCUUUAAUGUACAGAUUUGUUUGCUUAGGAAAAAUACUGUGUCUCAAAAUGUUAUGUCAGAAAUGUGCAUGGAGAAGUACCAAGUUUAAACACAAGUGCAUCAUUUCAAGCGCCUCUGCAUCACUAAAUAACAUAGUAUGCAAUUUCUUAAAUCUCAGCUGUCAGAUGCUAAAGGUUUCUGCAUUUAUGAUUUGACCAACUUGGAGCUCUCUCAACUUUAUCAUUGAACUUCAUCCUGUGAAACUGUGCUCACCUAAUUCAAGUUACGAAGCAUUUUCAAAAGGUUUCCUUUAUUCGGGGAAAAAGGAUUACAUGUGGGCGAACAAUUUACAAUACUGCUGCCAUAGAUUGUGGAUUUACUAUGUUAUAUAAAAGUGUUGGGAAAUGUAAAGUGUGUUAGAACUGUAGAGUGGCCAUGUUAAAAUAAAACUGCUCAAUGUAUUAGAAUUUGUAUUAGCUUGGAGCUUUCUUGGUGCAUCAGCUGACCAUUCUACAGUUCAAAAGAUUGUGGUACAAUUUGUAGAAAAUGAAGAUCAGUUAGUUGUUUAUGAUUGAGGGCAAGAGAAUAUUCCCAUUUUGUUGUUCUGGUGGUAUGACACGGAGUGAAACUAAUACUUAAAGAGGAAUGUGGCAUAAAUAAAUUUUGUAAAUACUUGGGUCACAGGAUUAUGAUCAGUGAGAUGUAUAAUAAAUCUUUGGUGCUUUUUAUAUUGAAACCAGUGAACUGAAAAGUGUGUGUACGAAAAACAGUGGUGAUAAUCCUAAGGUUGGACUCCGUUAAGUAUCUCUGGGACAAUACAAAAAGAUACAAUUAAUUAUUUUACAUAAGUUAAUGUAACCAUAUUUUUUAUGUUUUAUAUUGCCACUGUCCAUUGUGAUCUAAGACAUCUUGCAAGCAUGCAUUUCAGUGUUUCAUAGGAGCUUUAAUUUUUUGUAUAUGUGUUUAAUUUUCAAUCAUAUUGUCAAACAAAGAAAUGAGGAAGCAUUCUGCUGUGAAACUUUUUCUCUGUGUUAGUUAACAUCUCCAAAUUGUGAUACUCAAAAUUUCGUAUGCUACAUUUGCUAUAUAAAUUCUGCAACCCACAGAAGAGCUCUAACUCAGAAAUUAAUUUAAUCAAUCAACAUUUCUGAACAGAAAAGAAGCGAGUGCCCAGAAGCUGUACUGUCUGAUUAGUCAUGCAAAGGAUAUUGUAAAAAAAAAAUUGGCAACAGAGUGACAGAAAAGUUAAUGUUGGGUGUAACCCAAAUUGACAAAAAAAAUUAUUUUCUUUAGAGCAGAUAUGUUUUCACUUCUGAAUUCAAUGUGUAAACUCUUAUUUAAUUUUAAACACCUCACGCCAUUAUAUCUUGUUUUUUAUAUAAAAGAUCUUUAUAUUCAUCUACCUGCAGUGGUUUCUACUAAAAUGAUUGCUGUAUCAAAAUUAAGGGGCCUAUUAGCUGCAGUAGUUUGCAGACUACUUAAUAUGGUGCCACUUAGUUCUUUGUAUAAGAAAGAGUUGUGCACAAGUAAACUGUUACUCUUUUGGAAAAUUAUAUUAAUGAAUAGAUUCCUGUUAAUAUUACUGCACCUUAAGAAGUGUGUAAACUACUCUGAAUACUUCAGGCUUUUAAUGCUAUAAAAAAUUACCAAAGUGCCUACUGCAUAUUUUCAACACAAAUUUGAAUUAGGACGACAUGUAAAUAAGAGGAGAGAACACAUUACUGGAUUGUGGAUUUUAUUUUGCGAAUGUGUCGUUGUGUAUCUGUGGCAUAUGUGAAGAGGUUAAAAGGGGGGUGGAGAGAGAGAGAGAGAGAGAGAGAGAUAGAGAGAUUGAUUUUGUGUGUUGCAAUACCAGGUUGUGGUUUUAGGCCUCAUUUGUGUUCUGCUGCUUGUAUGAAUACCUUCUUAGUACUUAGAAGUACAUUGUAUAGAGUAACAUUUUGCAUCUUACUCAGUUGUUCCAUUUUGGUGUGGAAGUAUCUUUACAUAGUAGGACAACUUGAAAUUUAAAUUUUUGUUUGGGUGUAGAUGCUGUGUGGUAUGUGGAAUGUACGUUUGUUUCCAGAUUUGCACUUCAUAUGUAUAUUUUUCAGCUGUUUAACGCUUCUGUAAUCUGUACAAAUUCUUUCCCAUGACUAUUUUGAAUAGAACUAAGACAAAUCAUAACAGUAAAUUUAACUAUUUUGCAAAAUAUUUUUUUUUCUAUUUUAGGGCACUAUCCAUUUUGUACAUACAGAUUUUACAGUGCAGAUACAAGAAACAGAGAAUCACUGUUGAUCAAAUGAGUCACAGUUCUUAUUGUAAUGUGUUUCAUAACGGUGGUGGGUAUGUUAUUAAUAAACAUACCCAACACAACUGUAUAUUUACAAAUAUUUGUUGGUUAUAAUAUUACAGUUUUCAUUAUCAGCGUAGGUAAUGUAAAGUCGUAGAAAGAUGGCAGGUCAUACCUAAAUGUGUAUCUAGAAAUGGGAAUUUACAGGAAGAAAGCAUUAUGUUGAUUGUGAUAUGUCUAUUUUUUGUUACUAUGACUGAAAACCGGUCUUCAAUAAAACUCGCUCAGUAGUCUCAUAAUAAUGAGAUGACAUUUGUGGUACAUUUUUUUUUUCCUGAGAUUCAGGUAAGAGCUGUCAUAUGAGGCUUACAACACAUUACUGCUUUAUAAGGUUCUAAAAUCCACUGUAUCAUGUUGUAUUUAUUAUUAUUAUUAUUACGAUGAUUGUGCAUGGGUACUAACAUAGUAUUUUAGAGUCUGCAUAUUAUUUUUGCUAGAUUCCUGUGACACGUGCACCAGUAUUGCUGCUUAAGAUGUUGUAAGAUGUAGUUCACAUGCUUGGUUGCAUUCCCAAGGCUUUUUAUGUUGUUGUUGUUGUUGUUGUUACUAUUACUGCUGCAGUAGAAGCAGUCAGUAGUCAGUAUUGUCCAGGUUAAAGAUGACUUGUUUCACUUUCCACAUGUUGCCCUCUUUUGGUAGAGGCAACUGUGUGUGAUACACCUUGUAGUUUUUCAGCAAUGGAGAAAAUUGACUUCUCACAGCAUAAGGAACAGAUUCAUGCCAACGAUUUCUAAUAAGUGUCAUUGAUCACAGGAUAUGAAAAAUGCAUGAGAUAAUUGUUAAUAGUCUUUAUGGCCUUAAUAAUAUGUCAUUGAAAACUUUGUAGGUUCCAGUUUUCAUAACCCCCAUCUAACAAAUUAUUAACAUCACUUUCAGUCUUUGAAUAAAGAAGCCUUUGUUUUACAAAAGAAUUUGCUGUUGAUGAAGCAUACAGCAUUUAGGGGGACGGGAUAAAUUUAGAGUAUAUUGCUUUUUAAUUCCAUUGGGCGACAGUUAAUAUUGCAGUUCGUCUAGAGAGAAUGUUGCUUCCAUUUGAGUCAAUACUAUCAUAUUUUGUGUAUCAUCCACUUUUCAGUUUCCAGUCUGUUCACAGCAACAGAACAGAAUAUUUACUUUUUUUCUCGCAGCAUGUUUGUCAUUGGAAUGAAUAAAGGAAGGUUUAAAUUUAAACAUGCUAUUGAUCUACAGGGCAUAAGAGACUAAUUCUUGGGAUUACAUGCAAGUGCUGUGUAGGAGAUAGGGGUGAAGAAAUAUGAGAAAAAAAUUGACAUCAGUAAUGUCAGAAAAAGUCUAAUGAAAACUUUGACUGGUUGGAUUUUGUUUUAUUUUGUACAUUUGCUGGACAUAAAGCUUCAACAUUUUCCAAAUAAUUUGCAAAUAUGAAUGUGAUUACAUGCUUAAUAUUGAAUAGUACUUUAGAAAUUUAUAAGCUUUUUGUUUGAAACCAGAUAUUUGUCAAAUCAAAGUAUCUUGUAUCACAAAGUUAGAAAACUUUUCUGCCUUUUCUUAGAAAGGUGACAUCCUCUUGAGUUCUUGUUUUAUUAUUAUUGUUGGUUAACAGUCAUUCAUUUGUUCCAAGUAUAAGAACCGUCUCAAAAGUGUGGAAAGCAAAGUAACUGACCGUAUGAGACUUUCAUGAGUAUUGCAUACAAUGUAAAGUUCAGGUAAUUGUGAUUGUAUAUGACAGUUCUAGAAUGUUAACUUGAUCCUUUUUGACAAAUAUCUGUAGAAAAACUUCAAAAGCACUGCAUAAGGCGUAUCUUCUUUAUUUUUAGAUAUUUUCAUUUUGCAGUGAAUGAAGCUUCCUAUAGUUUUCACUUAAAACUAAUGGUAAGUCUUAUUACUACAUAAUUAUGAGCUGCUUAUUGUGAUUUGUAUUGUUUGAUUGUAAGGAAGUGAGCACUUUUUGCUUCUCUGCAUGCCCAUAUUCUGUUUUAAUUUAUAUCCAAACACAUAUAGGAUAUACUGCUUUAAUAGCACGUGGAACCAACAUCCUUGGUUAUUUGUUGUAUGAAUUCUAAUUUCUGUUGUCCAAACAAUUUGUGCAAUGUAAGACUCCCUCUAGUAUUACUCUUCCUUUUAAUUAGUUCUUUCCAUGUUUGUUCUGUCGCUAGUUGUGCUGAAAACCUGCUUCACUAAAAUGUCUGCCUCUUUCUGUAAUACCACAUUUCAAGCACUUAAAUUCUAUUCUUUGCUGGGUUUUCCUCAAUCCAUGAUGCACUUGAAUACACUGCUGUUCUAGGAACAUACAUUCUCAGAAAUGUGUCUCUGAUUAGUGCCUAUAUUUCUCUUUAGAAAGUAUGUUCUCUCUUCAUAUGUUUCCAUUUUAUGUCAUCCUUGCUUCACCCAUUAUUCUCGUCAGUACUUUAAUCUCAUCAAUACUUUAAUCCCAUUCAACAGGACAUCUAAGUCAUCGCUUUCACAUGACAUCAAUGUCAUUAGCAAAUAUUAUUGAUAUAAUUUCACACUUCUAUACCUUUCUUAACUCUCUCAUUGAUGUCUUUUGUUUCCUUAAGUUAAACUGGCCAUCAUCUAACAAACCACCGAUUUUCUUUUCCCUUAUUUAUUACUUUUUGUGAAUAAGUCCAUGAAGACUUUGCAUAAAGUACUUAGAGGUGGACAUUUGCGUUCACAUAUUUGUUUCAUUAUCUCGUAUAGACCAUGCUGUUCUAGUGAUCUUCAUUGAUUUUUCCUCUCGGUCAUCUGGCCACUUGAGUUUUUGACUUCAGGAUUUUGCAAACUUAAACUUCAGGAUUAUUCCUGCCAGUUCUUCAGUUUUGAUCUCGCCAACCCAUUUCCAUCAUGUCAGUUUUUGCUUUGCUCCUGCUGCCACAAUAUUUGAUUACUUGUUUUGUAAAGCUGACUGGGUUCACUUUUUUAAAUAUACCUAUAGACUCUUCAGCUGGGAUUUUUAAUGUCAGUGUUGUUGUUCAUUUAUUGUCUGAUUUCCUUAUUGUUCCUUAGUUGGUAUUGUUUGCCUGCAAGUUUUGGGCUGAGAAUGUUUCUUAGGAUUUUGAAUUCCCUUUCCUGGUAUUUUUAGUGCCAGUUUUUCUGUCCAAAAUUGGUGUUUCUGAUCCAGAAAGGCUUUGUGGUUUGGUUAUUGUAUGGUAAAGUCUUAAUUUUGUGUGUUUUGAUGUACAUUUCUUGUUGCAGGUAUUUUGGAUAAGAUGGGUAAGCAGUUUCUGGAUUUUGAAAUCUAACUUAGUGUGCUUUAGUGUCAAUUUUAUUUUCAUGAAAUAUUUGCCAGAUCUCAUCUCAAUGAACUUUGGUGUUUAUUUAUGGCAGGUACACAUACUCCGUCUUUUAAAAAGAUACCUGGAAACACUUUUUCUGCAGUUUCUUUCCAAAGUCCAGUUUGAUUUUGGACUGAUGAAAUGUUGUGAGUUAACAUUGUUAAAUUGUCUGUCUGUGAUUAGCUUUAGGUUCAAGAUUUGCUCUGGAUGUGAAUGGCCUGGUAUGAAUCCUACCUGAUAUACUGUAAUUUUUGGUUAAAGUUGUUUCUGUGCUAUGUUGAGAGAACACUGGGAUAGAAUUUUGUAUGCAACUGGUAUUAAUGAGAUUCAUCCAGUCAUUUGCAUCAUUUCUCUCUCUUUUUCUUGUGUAAUGGGUGAAUUAAUACAUUUUUCCAGUCUUGUGGUAUUUGUUAUGUUUCCCAGAGUCUUUCAUGAUUUUAGUGACUUUUUAUGAUGUUUGAGCCUGCUGAUGUGAAGAUUUGUGCUAUGAUUCCAUCUUUCUCAAUGCUUUAUUGUUUUUUAGUCUUUUGAUCUGUUUGGCAGUUUCUUCUUCAUUUUAUGGCAAUAAAUUUACUAUUAUUAUACGGGGGCCCUCACUGUUUGUAGGACUGUGAUGUGAAUGGUAUUCUUCUAGUAGCUCAGUGGGACGUCUAGAUUCUCAUAGAUUUUAAUCUUGAAUAAUUUUUUAGUUCCGCUUUCAUCAUGCUGUCUUUCCAAUCUUCCUUUGUUUAUUUCACAUAUAUAGUUUUACUAAACUUGAUAACAUCUCAAGUUUUACCAAACUUAAUCUCUCUAAAGUACACUGUACAAUGCUAAAGACUAGUACAGGUAUUAAUUCUUCUGUUUUCUGUCAAUGUAGUCCAUAAACCCUACUUGUCCUGCCUUUCUUAUGCCUUCAGAUUUAUAAAUGUUACUUAUCAAUCAUAGCAUCAAACAGAAUACCUUUCAUGCAGACAUCAGAUACCCAUACAAAAACUCAUCUAUUUACACACACACACACACACACACUGAGAAGAAAGUGCUUUGGUCUAAAUUUGUAAAUACUGUAUUCGAUCUUUGUAUAAAGUGUAAAGUAAUAUUUGGAAACGUUAACAAGUUCAGCUGUAAUACAGGGAAAAUAAGUGUAAGAGAAAAUUUGAAGUGACUGUUCCAAGCUUCUGAGAUGUGUCUGAGAGUUUUCUUUCUGAAAACUAUGGUAGCAGCAUAACACGUGAAAGUAAAGUUUAUUGCUAUCUUUUCUUUUUAACCUAUUCAUUAGUGAUAUUGUAUGUUAAAAGACGCUGGUGAUAUUGUGUUUUAAAAAUGCACGUUUGACUGCUACACAACAUUUGCAUUUCAGUGAGGGGUUUAGGCUGUGUUAUAAUGUGAAAUUCAGUCAAAGAAAAUUUCUUUGUCUUGUUGUUCAACAAGAGUUACAAUUUGAAGUAGCUGUUAGUUCUGUUACUUUCUUAAAACAUUUUUAGUUCAUGUUAGUUUUCCAUUUUGAAGAUAAGCCUCUAGUUGCUUCACGAACAUUCCAUUCAUAAAGCUCUGUAUUAAGUAUGUGGCUGCCAUAAAAGCAUUUUCCAGCCUGAUAAUCUGCCAAUUGUUUGCUAACAUGUAACUGCACUUUUCACUGUGUUAAAUCUACUUCAUUUUACAGGCUUUUUAUUUGCAAGAACACUCUCUCUCUCUCUCUCUCUCUCUCUCUCUCUCUCUCUCUCUCUCUCUCUCUCUCUCUCUCUCUAUCUCUGUGUGUGUGUGUGCGUGCGUGCGUGUCAUUGUUAAGAAUUUGAAAUUGUUGUGAAAUAUGCAGUAGUUACAAAAAAUUGAAUAGAGAGACAGGGAUGCAUAAAUGGUACAAGUAAUGCUACGCAUUACCUUUGUAACGUGUCGAACUAUAUGCAAAGUUGUUUCCUCAAUAAAAAUUGGCUAAAUUGUUGGGAAGGUGCAUUAUUCCCAAAAUGCUGUAACGAUGCUAGUGAGGUAAUUAACAAGAGUACAGAUUGUUAGUUAUUAUAGCAGUGAAAUCAACUUUGUAUUCUAAUUAAAACCAUUUUCUAAGUAAACAGUUUUGUACUCCCUGUGUAUAUAAGCACAACAUUUAUUUGAAAUAUUAUUGUAAUGUGCAGGUGUUUUUUAUCUUCUGCAGUGCCUGCAGGUGCUUGCCAAUAGAACAGCAGUUCCAUGAAAAUAACAGUAUUUUGUUACUACAUGCAGAUAAUUUUAUUGCCUAAAUUUAUGUUGCAUUCAUAUUAAUAAUUUACAUCUGUUGUGCAGUGCACUCUGAUGUCAGAGAAUGAGAGUAUCAUAUCUGUUACUAUGAAUCCUUUGAAACUAUGGUUGGAGGGUACAUCAGAUACCUUCAUAGAUAUGGGUUGAGAAAAUAAAAUUAUUUUCAGUGAA